AUGUUUGCGCGAACAGUAGCUUCAUCCCUCCGACAAGCCGCCCGGCCUGUCGCCGUCCGCUCAACAGCUCCUCUCUUCCGCACACCAAUCUCCCCCCUCACACCCUUCCAAGCCCGUCUGCUCUCCGACCAAACCCGCUCCGCAAUCGACAAGGCCGUAUCCUCCGCGCCCGUCGUGCUCUUCAUGAAGGGAACCCCCGAGACACCGCAGUGCGGCUUUUCGCGCGCCGCCAUCCAGAUCCUCGGCCUGCAGGGCGUCAACCCCGAUAAAUUCGCCGCCUUCAACGUCCUCGAAGAUCCCGAGCUGCGUGAGGGUAUCAAGGAGUACUCCGACUGGCCUACGAUUCCUCAGCUCUACGUCGCGAGGGAGUUUAUUGGUGGAACGGAUAUUCUGGUCUCGAUGCAUCAGAAUGGCGAUUUGGCGAAGCUGUUUGAUGAGAAGAAGGUUAUUCUUGAGGGGGAGCCUGAGCAGAAGGAAUAG